ACGUCAGCAACAAACACUUAUUUUUCUCCUCCGGCCACCCCGCCCGCCCAACCUAUAGGCGAGACCGGAGAGUGCCAUAUCCCGCGACGCCGCAGCAUCCGCUUGACUCCACUUUAUGCAAGUGUGCCUCCGGCGAGGCCUCUCGCUAGUUCGGCAGCACACCUCCCGCGUCCUUCCCCCACUGUCUCUCCACCCUACCCGCUUCUUCCUUCACCAAUCCGCGUCCGACCCGAUGGGUGAGGGUUCCGUUCCUGGUAAGGACGCCAAGGGGAAGGGGAAGGCCAAGCACCCCGCCCAGGCUUCGGCCCUGGUCGCUCGCGACGACUCCUACCUGGAGGCCGUCACACAUAAGAGGAUUCGCUUGUUCGAGGAGAUCCAGGCAAGGCAGGCCGUCGAGCGGCUGAAUAUCGGCGGCGAAGUUAUCAAGAUAACUCUGCCUGAUGGUGCAAUCAAAGAAGGGAAGAAAUGGAUAACAACCCCAAUGGAUAUUGCUAAGGAGAUAUCAAGUGGAUUUGCAGCUAGUUGUUUGAUAGCUCAAGUGGACGAAACACUCUGGGAUAUGGGGAGGCCACUGGAAGGUGACUGCAAAUUGCAAAUGUUCAAGUUUGAUACCAAUGAAGGCCGUGACACCUUCUGGCACUCAAGUGCUCAUAUUCUUGGAGAAUCUCUUGAGAGAGCAUAUGGCUGCAAGCUGUGUAUUGGGCCUUGCACCACAAGAGGGGAGGGUUUCUACUAUGAUGCUUACUACAAUGAGCUGACAUUAAACGAGGAGCACUUUGGUGUCAUUGAAAACCAAGCUAAAAAGGCUGUUGCGGAAAAGCAACCAUUUGAACGCAUCGAGGUCAGCAGGGCAGAAGCUCUUGAAAUGUUUGCUGAAAAUAAAUUCAAGGUUGAAAUUAUUAAUGAGUUGCCCGAGGACAAGACCAUUACAGUAUACAGGUGUGGUCCUUUAGUUGACCUAUGCCGUGGGCCACAUAUCCCGAAUACUUCCUUCGUCAAAGCUUUCGCUUGUCUGAAGGCUUCAUCAUCAUAUUGGAGAGGAAAAGCAGACCGUGAAAGCCUGCAGAGAGUAUAUGGAAUAUCUUUCCCUGAUUCUCGACGUCUCACGGAAUAUAAACAUUUUCUAGAGGAAGCUAAGAAACGUGAUCAUAGGAUACUAGGGAAAUCACAGGAACUCUUCUUUUUCCAUGAACUUAGCCCUGGAAGCUGUUUCUUCCUUCCACAUGGUGCUAGAAUAUAUAACAAACUGAUGAACUUUAUGCGAAAACAGUACAGAGAUAGAGGAUACCAAGAGGUGUUGAGCCCAAAUAUUUACAAUAUGCAACUUUGGGAAACUUCCGGACAUGCUGCAAACUACAAGGAGAACAUGUUUGUUUUUGAGAUUGAGAAACAGGAAUUUGGGCUUAAGCCAAUGAAUUGUCCUGGCCACUGUCUAAUGUUUGCUAAUAGGGUCCGGUCAUACAGAGAGUUGCCUCUUCGCAUGGCUGAUUUCGGAGUGCUUCAUAGAAAUGAGCUUAGUGGUGCACUUACUGGUUUGACACGGGUUAGAAGAUUCCAGCAGGAUGAUGCUCAUAUCUUCUGCAGAGAGGACCAAAUCAAGGACGAGGUUAAGGCUGUUUUGGAAUUCAUCAAUUAUGUUUACGAGAUAUUUGGCUUCAAAUAUGAGUUGGAGUUGUCUACGAGACCAGAGAAGUAUCUAGGUGAAAUUGAAACUUGGAACAAAGCAGAACAACAAUUGACAGAAGCUUUGAAUGAGUUUGGGAAGCCGUGGAAGAUUAAUGAAGGGGAUGGUGCUUUCUACGGUCCAAAAAUUGAUAUUGGUGUGUUUGAUGCCCUUAAGAGGAAAUUUCAAUGUGCAACCUUACAGCUGGAUUUUCAGCUGCCCAUUCGGUUCAAGCUGACUUAUUCUGCUGAGGAUGAAGCAAAAAUUGAAAGGCCUGUGAUGAUACACAGGGCAAUCCUAGGUUCUGUUGAAAGGAUGUUUGCCAUUCUUUUGGAGCAUUACAAUGGCAAAUGGCCCUUAUGGCUAAGCCCUCGCCAGGCCAUUGUUUGUUCAGUAUCUUCUGGUUCAGUGGAAUAUGCGAAACAGGUUCUUGCCAUGCUACAUGAAGCUGAUUUCCAUGUUGAUAUUGAUGUGAGUGACAGGACAAUACAAAAGAAGGUACGGGAAGCCCAGGUAGCUCAAUUCAACUACAUUCUUGUCGUAGGCGCACAGGAGGCCGAGACUGGAAAUGUCUGCGUUAGGGUAAGAGAUAAUGCCGACCUGGCCACAAUGAGCGUUGAUGGCCUCAUCACACGUUUGAGGGAGGAAAUCGUAGCCUUCAAAUGAUUUUGAUGCUGCAUAAUUUCCUAGCACUUCGCAAUCAUUGACUGUUCAUUUGUGAUUUUGAUUGAGUUUUCAGGGAACAGUACUGAGUUCCUCCAAGGCUCCAAGUGUAUUCUUGUUGGUACGGUUGGAAGCUACUAAGGGCAUAUUUAGAAGCACCUAGUUUUUAAUAAACUGGUUUAUAAAAACUGAGAUGGUUCCAAACAUAUCGGUUUAUAUCCUAGUUUUUAAUAAUCUGGUUUAUAAAAACUGGAUUUCUAGUUUCUUAAAAAUUAAGAAGCUAGUCUCUCUUAGCUAAAACCAAUUUAUGAAAAUUAAGGUAGUUCUAAACAUCAUAAACCAAUUUUUUUCUUCAUAAUCCAGUUUCUACAAACUAGAGAUAAAAACUAGGUUGCUUCUAAAUAGGGUCUAAACAUUGUCUUUUUUUAUUAAUUAUAUAGAUGUGAAGUUAAAUGCUACCUAUAGUAAAAAGUUCCUAGUAAAUACUACCUGUAGUGUCAAAACAGCUUGUUGUAUUUGACUUUGCAUGGUCUUAAACAUAUAUAUUGACCACUAAAUUCUUUUGUACAAUCUUAAAAUGAUGAGAUCAUAUGCAACUUACA